AUGCAAAAGCAUUUGUCAAACAAGGCUGAUACUUUUUUGUGUGCCAAAGAGUCGAGGCUGAUCGAAGGUUGCGAGGUUGUCGUGGAGUCCGUAGACGCACCGCAUGUUUCCGAAGACCAACUGGCCGUUUCAAAUUCACCAAAGACUUCCAAGCAAACCGGAACCAUGUCAUCGGACGCUGCUUCAUCAAUGAGCACUUCGUCUGCCGCACAGAAUCUCGCCAAAAACGAGCAAAAAUCAUCAUCAUCAUCAUCCAAUGUGCAAAGCGGUGCUCCGCAAAAAUUUUACUGCUACUCCAUGCCGACCACGGGACACAACGAUGGUAUCACGGAUGUAGUCGUGGUCAACACUCCGCAGACCAUGAACUUGAUCGCCACUGCGAGUCGAGAUGGUGUUAUCAAGCUAUGGAAGUGAUCGUAUUUGUUUCAAUCUUUCAAAAGGAGAACACGAUUCUGUGAUGUUAUUCAAGUAAUGGGAUGAUGCAGCAGGUCAAAUUCAAAAUGGAGUUGGAGUGUUCUUUGCAAAAGUAUUCGUGGGGCAAGAUAGGUUUGAACAGUGUUGUCGCCCAAUUUGCAAAGGGCUGUUGCGUGGAUCCUGUUGAUCCCGAAGCUCCGUAUGCAGAAUUGUGGAUGGGAACUCAUCCGAAUGGCAUGAGUUACAUCCGUGGCUCGUCCCAAGAUUUGCAAUCUUUCGUUGGGGCCAAUACCGAAGUUCUGGGUGAAGAUUCCAUCGCUGUUUUCGGGCACGAUUUGCCUUUCUUGUUCAAGGUUUUGUCGGUGCGACAGGCGUUGUCCAUCCAAGCGCAUCCGGAUAAGGAUCUGGCGAAUGUUUUGCAUAAAACUCGUCCGGAUUUGUACAAAGAUGCAAACCACAAGCCCGAGAUGGCCAUUGCUCUCACAAAAUUCACCGCUUUGUGCGGAUUUCGACCGCGCACCGAGAUUGUGCAACUUCUUCAAGUUAUUCCCGAAAUUCGCGAAGCUGUUGGCGAGGAAAAUUUUGAGCUGUUGAAAUCCGAUAGUGACGCAAGUAUUCAAGGGUUGAAGGAAACCUUUCGUCGUGUUAUGGAGCAACCCAAGGAAGAUGUUGCCCGUAUCGUAAAUGCUCUCGCACUACGCCUAAAAGACGAAGCUUUUGUGAAUUCUCUCGGUCUGAAAGACUCGACUGUUCUGGCUGAAGUCUGGAAAACGAUUCAUGAAGAUUUCAAAGAAGAUGUCGGAUUGAUCGCCAUGUUUUUGUUCAACUUGAUCGUAUUGGAACCCGGAGACGCGAUCUAUCUUGGAGCUAAUGACCCUCAUGCUUAUCUUAGUGGUGAUUGCGUCGAGUGUAUGGCUUGUUCGGAUAACGUCGUUCGAGCUGGUCUGACGCCGAAGUUCAUCGAUGUCGACACACUCGUCAAGAUGCUCGUUUACAAAUUCUCUUCUCCCGAGGAAAAACUUUUUCGGGGAGUCGUUUCGACUGAUUUAAACCCGGUGACUGUGGUGCAUUACACUCCGCCUAUCGCGGAUUUCAAAGUGAUGAAGUACGAAUUGAAAAGUGGUACUAGUUCUGAGACGAAUGCUGUUGACUUACCCGCGAUGUCUGUGGGAAGUAUUGUGAUCGUGAUUGAAGCCGAACAUGCGUUUCUGAGUUUCGGCGAUGGAGAGGAUGUGGAAUUGAUCCCAGGAAAAGUGUUUUUUGUUCCUGCCGGAAAAAAUAUGGCUUUGAAGAAAACCGGUGGAAGUGCGAUUAUGUUUCGCGCAUCAGCAAAUGUCGCGAAUUAGAUGCAGACAUUUGAUACUUCUAUGUAUCGAUGUUCAUUAGACGUAUUGUGAUGUAGUGAGUCUCGUCAAAUAUUAUUCCUGUGGUUCUGAAGGAUUUAUCCCGAAAGUCUCCCUCCAAAGCACAAUAAAAUGGUGGUUCCGCUUGUGAACUGGUGUCAACUGUUGGCCAAAUUCUGCACGUUUUUUUCUAGCUUACCGUGUUUCACCGAAAAAAAAAGAGAUGCGAGAUGAAAAUAUCUGCACGAUUGAGGAAGAA